GUAUUUAUACGUUUCUCAGGUUGAAAAGCGCGUAUACUAAACUUUGUGAUGACGAACAAUUCGAAGUGUUCGUUUACGAAUGAGGAAUAAUUGUUGUUAAUCGUUUUUAAUCAAAGAAUGUGGAUUAACUAGUGGAUACAUAUAGUCAACAAGAUGAAAUCGACAACUGUAACCCUAAGUGAUAUGGUCAAUUUGGCCAUAGGAACCCCAGAGACCGGGGUUGUUAACUUAAACAUUCUUCGAAAGUUACUGCAUGAAAUGCUUCAGAAGUUGAGUAUUACUGAUUCAAAAGCUGACGUUGAUGAAGAGAAAGAAAGUAAAAAUCAGUUGAAUGUUAAAAUGAUGCCGGGUACAAUACUCGAAGACGAUGUAUCGGAGAUUUCUGAAGAGAAAGUUCAUAUUCGGCCAACGUCUGUUGCAGAUUCGGGUAUUGCCGAAUCUAUUGAUUCAAAGGAUGCUAAAUCUGAUUCUAAGAAGUUUGACUCGAGAGUCUCUAAAUCUGCACCGAGCUCCCUUUACCAUCAACUUUCACAAAAAGUAGGCGAAAUGGAAAAACAGAUCAAUCUUUUGACAAGUUUACCCUCUAAUAACGACCUCUUUGAAAGAGUAGGAAGUGAACCAAAGCCUGUAAGCGAUAUGUGGAAUCUAAUGCAAGUACAGAAAAAAGCCGAGGCUAACGAAGAAGGCGUUAAUAGGCUAAUGUCCUUGGUUCAAGAUCUAAUGAUUGAAAGUAAAAAAAAUCAAAAGGACUGUAAAGAUUUACACGACAAACUCUCUUCCUUAAGUGAUCAAAUAAAAGAGCUAUCGAAUAAGAUUGAUUCGAAGCCGGAUAACGUUGAAAAGUACGAUGACAGCCACCUAAAAUCAUCUAUUCAGAAUUUAAUUGAUCAACUGGAAUCAAUGAAAAAAGGAAUGGAUAAUUUCCUAACUAAAGAAGAGAAAGUCGAUUUAAAUCCUUACGUUAAGUGGAGUACUCUAGAAGAUAUGUUACACGGACUACGUAAAGAAAUGAAUGAAUUAAACGAACUGAAUCAAAAGAGCGCAGUAGUUAUCGAAGCUGGUAUUCAAACUGAGCCUGAACAACAAGAACAACGAGUGCCUUCGAGAAUGUCAACUCCAGAGGUUAAAAGACCGGAUAGCGGUCCGACCCGUGAGUUGAGAGACAUGCUGCAGAGGCUAGGAAGAUUAGCGGAUCAACAUGACCAAUUACAAGCCAGAGUGGAUUUCUUAGCUGCUGAAUUGGCUUCAAAAGCUGAUAAAUCAGCUUUGGAUAUGUUAGGCGAUUUAUCCAAAAGUGGUAUUGAUUCGGGCGCUCUACACGACUUGAGGAAAGAAUUAGAUAAUUUAAAAGCUAGCAGAAACCGGGAUUCGGAACAAAUACGUAAAUUACAAGGCCUUUUGAAUAAUAUUCAAAAUGAUUUGGAUAGAAUACAUAAUAGGCUUAAGGAACUUGGUGAAGACGCUGAAGAGAAACAAAAGCAUAUUGACACUUUGUACUCAAUUUCUAACAAAUUAGAAGAAAAUAAAGCGGAUAAGGAGUGGUUAGAGAAUGAAUUAUCGAAGAAAGCCGAUAAGAAAAUAUUGGGUAAUAAAGUGGAUAGGUCUACUUUUGAUGAUACUUGCGAUGACUUAUCUAGAAUGAUUAGCGAUAUGCUGCAGAAAUUAUCAUGCCAUGACGAUGAAUGGAAAAAGGCAAUCGAACGUCUUAAUUCCGAUAUGGAUGGUAAAUUCGAUCGUUUAGAAUUUGGACCAAUAAAAGCUGAUCUUGAAAGACAAUUAAGAAAUAUGCAAAAACAACUGAAGAAUUUAACCUUACCACCCGAUCAAGAUGAUGAAGCGGCUGGUUUAAGAAAGCAACUCUUACAGAGAUUCAAUUGUUUGUCGUGUGACAAACCGUUAGAUGUAGGACCACUCGGACCUGCACCUAUAAUACCUUCGCAAGGACUUCCAGCAACUCGAACAAACAGACCCCAUACAAUUUUCGAACUAGAGCAAGUGAGGCAACAAGCCAAGUCUAAUAUGGGCUUUUCCACCGAAAUUAUGGAUUUGCAAGCUUCAGCUAGACCCUGUGGAGGUCAACAUACUUUAACUUACCCACAUAGGAGGAUAACCAAGACUAAUGCGUUUGGAGUUCCAAAUCUAGCAGAUGAAAUUCCAACCAGAGACGAACUGGAUAUCCAAGGAGCAGACGGUCAUAUCUAUAAAGGAGUGGUCGAUUCAACAAAAUUACCAAAUUUGGUAACACCAAAUGCACCUCGCCAAUCCAAGACUUCUCACAACAAUAAAAGACCUGGAAACAGCUCCGGGGACGUUCAUGCUAGGCAGAGACCCAUGUCAGCCAGUGCCUUAUCCAAAGAACAAUAUAUUGCCCCUCAGCCCCCUCCACCUUCUGAACCAGAAACAACUGGUCAGACUGUCGGCGCCGAGUAA